ACCACCCAGAUAUUUAGCCACUAAAGCCAUGAUCAUGUGGCUAUCACGCGGUGGUGGAUAAGAUAAUACUAAAAUAAGCAUCUGACACGUGACACACAGCAUUGACGAAGUACAAUGAAAGGAUCUUUCAAUUGUUACUCCUAUUUGGAACAUCCGAGUGCAAUCCAAGACCCGAAGGAUCAUUCUAUUCUACUGUGAAAUUUGAAGUGGAAUCUUACAAGGGUGCUAUGAGCCCGAAUAGGUAGUAGUUAUCAGUUAUAGCUGGAAGUGGCUUUCCACAGUCUUAUCGUCAUGGCAAGUUCGAUUUGAAUGAUGACCUUCUUCUCAUACCCUUCCGGUUAAAGUCACAAUUGUCUGUUACACCAAGCAAGAAUACAGUAACCUUACAUCAUGGCGAAUCUUUCGACCCAUGGUACUCAUUUCAUCUUUGAUUUCGAUGGAACAAUUACCACAGAAGACACUACCAAACUCAUUGCAGAUAUCGGAAUUGCCCAUCAACAGGUCCUAGGCAAUGAUUUGUCGGAGACAUGGGAGGACUUAGUCAAAUCAUACGACAAUGACCGUGGUGAAUUCGUUGGACGAUAUUUCCUCGAGAUGCCCAAGGUACUACCACUAGGCUUUGGGAUUAGUGUGAAUAGAGCUCUGAAAGAAGUAGAGUUGAGGAGCAUCGACCGUAUCAACAGAUUAGGUCUGUUUGCCGGCAUUUCUAAAGAAGAGUGGGAAUCUGCUGGUAAGGCCGCUGUUUUGUCAGGGGCUGUACAAAUCAGAAGAGGCUUCAUCGGUCUUGUGCAACAGAUAGAGAGACAAAAUGGUGUCUGGGGAGUUAUCUCAGUCAGUUUCUCGAAGGACUUCAUCAGAGGCGUUUUGGAACAGUGUCUGGGAAAGGAGAUCGAGAUACCCAUUCUAGCGAAUUCUCCCGACGAAAAUGGAGUCAUCAGGGGUCCUUUUCUUGAGGAUACUGGAGUAAGAACUAUCUUGGCGUCCGGGGACACGAAACUAUCUGCAAUGAAGCAGUUGCUCAAAUCCUGGAGACUCGACGCGGCUUCUAAAGCAGUAUAUUAUGGCGAUAAUGAUGCAGACAUCGAGUGCAUCUUUAAUACUUCUGUUAACGGUGUCAUGGUGGGAGAAGAUGCAAGUACUAAGCUUGGCUUAUUGUGCACAAAAAUCACGGGUCGUGGGUCGGUUGGAGCUAUUUCAGACUUCGAAAACAUUGUUAUUCAUCCGGAAUAGAAUUUGGAACUUUGAGAUAGUGCUCCAACACCCGAGGUCGGUGGCUCGAACUUCGUUAGCAGAGCUUCUACAUUGGAACAUUUUCAUGGUUCUGCCUACGGGACAUCUUCAACAAAAUCAGUAUGUCGCUCCUCCCCAAGAGUUGGCUCACCUGGAUUCUUUAUCGAUCCGAAGUUAACCAACCAGUAAAUGUGUUACUAGUACAAUUAAACUUUUCCCCAAAAUCUUGAAUGAGAGUGUGUGCCUAUGUGAUUCAGUCUGACCUGUG